UUAUGCUUCCAUAGCCUCCAUUACUCCACCACCGUUUCCGACUUCUAAAAUCCCCACUCAAACUUUUAAAAAAAACUCUCACCAACAAACAAAUAAUUUGAUUAGUAUAUGAUUUCAAUUCACUCCAGAAAUAAGCAAAUUCAAAUAAACAAAUGAUUUCAAUUUCAAUGCAAACCUUAUCUCUACCAUCUGCAUCCACCAUUAAUCCAUCAUCACAACUUUCUCUCUCCAGACCACCCCUCUCACAAAGAGUCUACAUUCCCUCUCACAUCUACAAACACCCAACUGCAAUUCUCCUCGAACUUUGCACCUCCAUUAAAGAACUACACCAAAUUAUCCCUCAUAUAUACAAACAUAACUUAUACCAUGAACACCUCUUUCAAACCAAGCUCGUUAGUCUCUUCUGCAAAUUCCAAUCUUUGGAUGAGGCGGCUCGAGUAUUCGACCCAAUUGAGGAUAAGAUUGAUGCUCUAUACCAUACUAUGUUAAAAGGGUAUGCUCUGAAUUCUUGCAUUGAUGAUGGGUUUUCAUUCUUUUGUAGGAUGAAGUGUGAUGGUGUUGAGCCUAUUGUGUAUAAUUUUACGUAUUUGUUGAAAUUGUGUGGUGAUCAUUCGGAUAUUCGGCGAGGAAGGGAGAUUCAGGGGCACUUGAUUGUUAGUGGGUUUGGGUUGAAUUUGUUUGCAAUGACUGGAAUUAUGAAUAUGUAUGCUAAAUGUAGGGAGGUUUCGGAUGCGUAUAAGAUGUUUGAUAGAAUGCCUGAGAAAGAUGUGGCUUCUUGGAAUGCACUUAUUGCUGGUUAUGCUCAAAAUGGGUAUGCUAAGAUUGCUUUGGAAUUGUUUGUGAGAAUGCAGGAGGAAGGACAGAGGCCUGAUUGGAUUACUGUGAUAACAGUUUUGCCUGCUCUGGCUGAUAUGGGAUAUCUAGUUGUGGGAAAAUCUGUUCAUGCUUAUGUGAUAAGGGCCGGUUUCGAGACUUAUGUGAAUGUUUUAACUGCAUUGGUUGAUAUGUAUGCGAAAUGUAGAGCAGUGGGGACUGCUAGGUUGAUGUUUGAUUCCAUGGAAUCUAAGACUGUUGUUACUUGGAAUUCCAUGAUUGAUGGGUAUGUUCAAAGUGGGAAUCCUCAAGAAGCAAUGACACUUUUCGAGAAAAUGUUGGAAGAAGGAAUUGAACCAAGUGAUGUGUCGAUCAUGGAAGCUUUACAUGCAUGCUCUGAUUUGGGAGAUAUUGAGAAGGGUAUGGUUGUUCAUAAAAUGUCUGAUCAACUGGGGUUUGGCUCUAAUGUUUCUAUUACAAAUUCCUUGAUAUCCAUGUAUUCAAAAUGUAACAAAGUUGACAAUGCAGUGGAAUUGUUUGACAACUUAAAAAAUAAGACUAGAGUAUCCUGGAAUGCCAUGAUCAUUGGUUUCGCUCAAAAUGGUUGUGUGAAUGAGGCUUUGAAUUAUUUUAGUGAGAUGCAAUUAAGAGGUAUUAAACUGGACUCAUUCACCUUGGUGAGUGUGAUUCCUGCUUUAGCUGAGUUAUCCAUUUUACGCCAAGCAAAAUGGAUCCACGGACUUGCAAUUAGAACUUGCUUGGACACAAAUGUAUUUGUAAAGACUGCUCUUGUUGACAUGUAUGCAAAGUGUGGAGCAAUUGAGACCGCGAGAAGGCUUUUUGAUGACAUGGAUGAAAGGCAUGUGACAACUUGGAAUGUCAUGAUAGAUGCAUAUGGUACACAUGGACUUGGAGAAGCAGCACUCAAACUUUUCUCUGAAAUGCAGAAUGGUCCUAUCCAACCAAAUGAGGUGACAUUUCUGUGCAUAAUAUCAGCUUGCAGUCACUCAGGUCUGGUUGGAGAUGGGAAAUAUUACUUUGGAAUGAUGAAGGAAGAAUAUAGUUUGGAGCCUGCAAUGGAUCACUAUGGAGCUAUGGUAGACCUUUUAGGUCGAGCUGGUCUUCUUGAUGAGGCUUGGGACUUCAUCCAGAACAUGCCUAUAGAGCCUGGUGUUAGCAUAUAUGGAGCAAUGUUGGGAGCUUGCAAGAUCCAUAAGAACCUUGAGCUAGGAGAAAAAGCAGCUAAUAGACUGUUUGAUCUAGAUCCAGAUGAUGGUGGUUACCAUGUACUGCUGGCUAAUAUAUAUUCUGCAGCAUCAAUGUGGGAUAAAGUAGCUGAGGUGCGAUCAAUGAUGGAUAAGAAGGGGCUCCGUAAGACCCCUGGCUGUAGUUUAGUGGAGCUAAGAAAUGAGUUUCACACUUUCCAUUCUGGCAGUACAAUGCAUCCGCAAUCACGAGAGAUUUAUGCUUAUCUGGAUAAACUUCUUAAAAGUAUAAAAUCCAUUGGUUAUGUUCCUGAUACCAAUUCUAUACAUGAUGUAGAAGAUGAUGUUCAGGAGCGACUGUUAAGUAGCCAUAGUGAGAAACUAGCCAUUGCAUUUGGGCUUAUUAAUACAAGUCAUGGUGUACCUAUACACAUUCGCAAAAACCUCCGCGUUUGCGGUGAUUGCCACAAUGCUACCAAGUACAUUUCACUCGUGACAGGCCGAGAAAUUAUAGUGCGGGAUAUGCACAGAUUCCAUCAUUUCAAGGAUGGGAUCUGCUCUUGUGGUGAUUACUGGUGAUAAGUUUUCACUCUGAGGAGCUAAAAUAUUUAGACGUUAUGGUGCGAAGCCAUCUGAGGUCUUUGACAUCUUGACAUCUCAUGCACACCUACCUUUUGUUGUAUCUAUAUUAUCUGUUUUCUCUAGGAGUAUCCGGAGUUGCUUCUCUGGGUAAAAUACUAUACCACCAGCAACAAUUUGAAGCAUACUUAUUAGACAGAAUGGAAUUAUUUAGGAAUUAUUUAGGAUCACAAGCUGAUGAUAUUUGUGUUUUUAUCAUGUGAUAUAUAUAUUGUGUCUGAUCAAGGGAUGUAGUGGAAGGUCUACAAGGGUGUGUUCCUUUGUAUUAACAUA